AUGGCGUCAACACCACCACCGCCAUCACCGUCUGAGCUUCGUGUACCCAGAGCGCCGCGACAUGGGGCAAAGCACGACAACUAUGAACCUUACCCUACACGUUACUCCGCUAGACUUGCAGGUCAACGAGCGUCAAGGGUUGUCCAAACUACGCCACCCCCAAGUCAUCCAAGCGCAUCUGCCAAACCUGGAGCAUCUAAAAGAACCCUUUCGCCCUCUUCACCUGGCACCGCCAAACCCUCUCCCAAAAAGGCUGCACGCUCUCAUAGAACUGCUGCCUCCCGAAUUUCCCCAUUUGAUUUGGAACAUUCACUUCCCCGCACUUCUUCACACCACACCUCCCGGUCCUCUGCAGAACAGGCUUUACCUACCCCAGCGAAAACCCCUUCAAAAAAGAAAGUAAUCAGUUCUGAAUCUUCUACCUCUCGUUCUCUCUUUCCUUCCACCUCCACCCCCAAGCGCAGAAAAAUGGAUACCCCCAAACAUUCUGCCGCAGACCCCCCAGCAAUCUUCGUCGAUGAGCCUUUAAUAGGGUACACUAUCCAAGCUGCAGAGCAAGAAUUGGGUAUCUCUAUUCAUGAGGACUCACGUGAUCGCAUCCCAGUUGUCGGUCCACUUUCGACUGAUUCGUUCAUUUCCAAGCCUGCAAGAGCUGUUGGACGACCUGCCACUCGCUCGACCUCCAGCCCCCAUGAUGGAGCCUAUUUUGUCCACCGUGGAAAGAAAAUAUUCAAGCGCUUUGAUGACAUGGAGGAUGAGGGCGAGGAUGAAGAUGACCUUGGUCUUUUCGCUAACCGCCCCGACCUGUUGGCUGAUAACCCUGAUAUUCUCAAGAGCGUGACACCCUUGAGACGUGGUGGCCUCAAACCUCGUCUAUUAUUCCCUGCCGCCGUUAAGCCUACCGUUGGCGAGGAGGAGGAUGUCACCGAUAUCGAGGAUCACGAAGAUCACGAGCCAAUGUCUCCAACUCCGGCUUAUGCAGACCAGGAUCCGACUCCUCCCAUCUUGCCAGAUCCAGCUACCUCCUUUGAAUCUGAGAGCUCAUCUGUCGCUCGUUCUGCCCCCGUUGGACGUACUGGUCUCCGUUUCACUCGCUCUCCUGUGGGCGAUGUGUCACCUUUCAAGCCCGCUUCUUUCUCGGAGGACCUUGGUUUCGGUACUUCCACUGAUGACCAGACUCGGUCCCGAGGUCUUUCUACCAGCAGUGGCAGCAGUCUCUUGAAGUACUGGCCGCCUGUCAGCAGGAAGAUGCGGGAAGUCGACGCCCGCACCGACCGUGUGAAGCGCCUCCGUGAGGCCCGCGGUAGCCCUGCCCCACGCACUCGACAAGCCCUGCGCGCAGAAGCCUCUGGAGAGGCUUCGACCGCCGAGCCAUCUACAUCCGAUUCUUAG